CGCACACGAUGGCCGCCGCCGCCGCGCUCGCGUCCUCCUCCGCCGCCGUCGCGACGUUCGGUCGCGGCGCGAACCGCCCCGCCUCGAGCGUCCGCCGCGACGUCGCGUCGAUUCGAUCGACGACGUCGUCGACGUCGUCGUCGUCGUCGCGCCGCGGCCCCGGCGCCGGCCCCGUCCCCGUCGUCCGCGCCGCCGCGAAGUCCUCCUCCGCGCUCGACGAGCUCCUCGGCGCGAAGAUCAUCGCCCCGAACGGCGGCGGCGACGCGGAAGUCCGCGACUCCGUGACCAAGUACUACGGCGAGACGCUACAGACGUCGGACGACCUGAAGACGUCCGCGUGCUGCACGCCGAACCUUCUUCCGAAGAAAAUCAAGUCGAUCCUCGCGAGCGUCCCGGACGAGGUCAAGGCGAAGUACUACGGCUGCGGAUCGCCCACGCCGCUCGGGAUCGACGGCCUCAGGGUGCUGGACCUCGGGAGCGGCAGCGGGAGGGACUGCUACGUCGCCGCCGCGCUCGUGGGCGAGAGCGGGAGCGUGAUCGGGAUCGACAUGACGGACGCGCAGCUGGACGUUGCGCGGCGGCACGCGGAGACGUACUGCGUGGACGCGCUGGGGUACGCCGCGCCGGGGAACAUGGAGUUCCGCAAGGGCACGAUCGAGGACCUGCGCGCGGCGAACGUCGAGGAUAACUCCGUGGAUCUCAUCAUCUCCAACUGCGUGAUUAACCUCUCCCCGGAUAAGCCCGCGGUGCUGUCCGAGGCGAUGCGCGCGCUCGCGGAUGGCGGCGAGUUUUACUUCAGCGACGUCUACUGCGACCGAAGACUUCCGGAAGAUCUGCGGUCGCACGAGAUCCUCCUCGGCGAGUGCCUCGGCGGCGCGAUGUACGUCGAGGACUUCAAGCGGCUGUGCGUCGCGACCGGGUUCGCGGACCCGCGCGUGCUGGAGGGCCACGAGAUUGAGAUCAAGGACGAGGCGCUCGCGGCGUUGCUCGGCGAGGCGAAAUUUUAUUCCAUCACCUACCGCCUCUUCAAGCUCCCUCCCGGCCGGCUGGAGUCCCUGUGCGAGGACUACGGCCAGUACGCGCUGUACAAGGGCACGAUCGACGGGCACCCCAACGCGUACUCCCUGGACGAUCACCACAGGAUAGAGAAGAACAAGCCGUUCUUGGUGUGCGGGAACACCGCGUCGAUGCUCGGAGAGACGUGGUUGGGGAAACACUUCGAGAUCGUGGGGAACCGGGACGUGCACUAUGGGCUGUUCGACUGCGGGCCGAGCCCGGUGGCGGGCGGCGGCGGGGGAGGGGACGCGCCGGCGGGGGGGGCGUGCUGCUGAGGCAAGAAAGCGGGAAGGAAGAAGAGACGCGAGCGAUGACAUUUUUUGGCAAGACGAGAGAGAGUUCAAUCA